UACCAUGCUGGGCGCACUCCUGCGAAGGAAUAUGUCCCAGAAGUUGAGUGGGCUGCUGCUGGUGUUUGGCCUGGCGUGAGGAUUUAUGCUGCUGCGUUACACUGUGCAGCAGCCUCGCCAUCAGAGCAGCGCCGAGCUACGUGAGCAGAUCCUGGAGCUCAGCCGGCGCUACGUCAAGGUCCUGACGGAGGAGAACCAGCAUGCACCAGGUGGGCUGCAGGGAACCUCCAUGGCUGGAUACGCUGAUCUGAAGAGGACGAUCGCUGUGCUACUGGAUGACAUUCUGACUCGAUUGGUCAAACUGGAGGGGAAAAUCGAGCUGGCGGUCAAUGCCUCAACCACAAAUACUUCUCACGCGGUAGGGGGCGUCCUUGCCUCCGCUCCCGCUGCCCUGCAAAAAACCUCGAAGCAGGACACACCUGGCAGUCACCCAGGAACCUCACGCCUCCACCCACGGAUCCCUAAUAGGCCUCGGCCACAUCAGCUGGCAUAGUCUUAGUAGAAUCCAUUCAUUUUUUUUUCGCCUUUUAAUUAUUUUACACAUCACACUUUCCCAGCAAUUACAACUGAUAUUACCACAUCAGACAAAUGAUAAGCAAUAGGGAGACAUGUAGACAUCCAGAAACUGGGGAUACUUCUCAGAAAUGUUCAGCUAGCCAGAGAGGAGUCCUUAUCCAUGCUCUACAUGCUGAUAUUUAUUUAUUUUUUACCAAGACUGUCUCGUGCAUUUCUCUCAGAUUUUCCAUUGCUGAUUGUUUUGGUUUUGGUUCAGAUUCAAGGCCAUAUUUGAAUCUUAGGACUUUAUACGUAAAGGCAGAGGUAUAAAAACUGAUGAAGCUGAACCAGAGACUCAUUUGUUUGCUGAUAAACAUGGCUUGAAACGUCCCACCUAUCUACAUUGGAAUCUAUUCUGCUUCAAUAUGUCAAAAUGCUCAACUAAAUGGUGCACUCAUGAUAGGUGGGGCAGCUGUUUUUGCUUUUUGUCCGUUUUUAGUUGGUGCAGUCGCUGAUUGCUGUAAAAAGAACAUUCUACUUUUAGCUUACACGUAGUCUUAAAGAAAAUGUAACCGUAUGGUUCCUCUGUAAGAGAUAAUCCAAAGAAUGUUAUUCGCACUCCAUCUGCAGACAAUUAGGUAUUUACAUUUGCUGCAAAGCAAUUUAAGGUUUAUGCAGAAUAUAAUGGGAGGAUGCCUUUUUGCCAUUGUAAACACGAAUGUGUGUAUGAUAUGUCUGUCUCUCAGUUGAAAUCCAAUGGUUAACUUGCCGAGUGCUGAUAAAUGAUUUUUAGUAGGUGUGUAGCACAUUGAAUGUACUUUGUAAUCGGUCUUAAGCCCUUCAAUGCUGUAAAGAUGACUGAUCUACUGCUUACACAUGUUCAGGGUUCAUAUUGCACUGUGACUCAUAAGAGAUUUUCUAAAAAUACUCGGCUCAUCCAACUUUGACCUUAAGGGAUAUUUUAGGAAGAUGGACGUCAGACUCUGAGAUAUUAGUUCUUGCAGCCUUCCCCUCUGGUUCUGAGUAUGGUUUCCAUUAUACUGAGAAACACUGGCACCUGCCAAGAGGAACGUUUUUAGUUGGCACAUUAUGAUGCGCAUUAACGUAAUGACUUUGCGACACAAAAGAUAGACAAGAAAUGUAUGCGAUAAAGUUGUUGUGGGGGGAAAUGCUUUAAACCGUUGCUCUUUCAUUACAGCCUUAAAUAUACAUGAAGGCAAGACUGUGUCUGCUUUGACUAAUGCUAUAAAUGUACUUUGCUUCAGAACAUUAAAGUAGAGAAGUUGGUGAGCCGGAUAGCUGCUGUGAGAUAGCUUAACUAAUAAAUGGAACGUAUGGGAAAAAAUGA